CGCCGGCGUCUUUCUCCUCCAAAGCCGCCAGCGGGAACUCACAUUGACUUUGAGUCUUCUCGCUGCAACGAGUGGACCGAGUCUGGCAACUCAUUGAACGGCAGCGCAUUGAGCCUGGUAGAAAGAAAUGCAGGGUGUGGCCGCCAGUUUCCUGUUUCAGCGUUCGUAAAGUCUCCUCAAGUUCGAGGAAGGGAGAUCAGAUAUUUGAAAACACGGCCUCUUCCGAAGAUGGCAACAUGCUUCAGAGGGCUCUUGCGACAACGUGCUUCUAAAAACCGUCAGUGGCCAACCUUAACACUCACGCCCCACCUGAGUGAGCAUUCGCGGAAUCGGUGGGCGGAGUUUGGCCCUGAACACGACUGCAGCGCAUUGCGAGGUCGCCGCACGCAAGCAGAAUGGGGACCCUUGAAGAGAAGAAAGCCAGCUCUCGGGCUCUGGAGCUCAUCAAUUUAUUAUGUACUACAACGCGUUGUGGCUUGCUUUGCACUGGUGCAGAGGAUGUAGUUGAGGAGCGUACAUUGGUUGCGAUGAAGCAAUUAAUUUGUUUCAUUGUCGGAAUAUGUACAAAACUUUCUGUAAAAUAAUUUCUGUGCCUGCACUAGGCUAACGACAUACACAAGAUAUUCUCCCGAGUAAAUAAUGGUGAAAAAAUUACGUGUAAUUAAAAUAUUUUAUUGUUAAACAGUGUUGUUUAAACUUGUUUUCUAUUUAAAUGUACGUAAUACAUCUUGUUGAAUGCACACGUGUUGAUCGAGACAUUUUCUUCAGGGCCGUAAUUGGCGACGUAAGACUGAAAGAGAGGUAUUGCAGUAUGAGAUCGAAAGGGAGAAAUAAGAGGUAUUGCAUUAAUGCUAGAAGGUAUCUGUCAAACUGGACCUGAGGUUUUUAACCUAGAUUUCGGGAAGCAUUUUGACUCCUUGUAGUCGAGUAAAAACGUUCCAAGUGUUUUGACGUUGUAAAAAGUGAAUUAACAAUAUCAAAAUUGUUGCAGGAGAAUUGAAAAUUUGAUGUACUUACAUAAACGACGGGAAUGGCAGUUUCCAGAUUUGUUUUGCAGAUUAUAACAGCAAAUAUUAAAAAUCUUCCAUUCAGAGCUAUUAUAUGUUAAAAGCUGUUCUGAUUUUUAAAACUUCAUGGCACGUUGACAGAUGUCACCAGCAUCUAACAUAUAUAAAGCAUAACUGCAAGGAUAACAUACUUUUAUCAUGCAUCUUAAAGUAACAAAAUAAUUUAUCAUAUAUUGAAUUAAUAUUAAAAGAGUACAUUGCAGAUUAACAUGAUUAUUUAAAGCAGCUUCCAAAUCCAAUUCCAAAGUGGUAGUUUAUUUCCUCUCAUCAUAACUGACAUGCUUCCUCUCCUUACUUUUUCUUAAUAUAUUAUUUACCUCUUCUGCUAAUCUCAGAGAUAUGCAUUUUUUGGAAACUAGGAGGCAAAAAAAAUGCUAUCCAAACUUAUGUACUAUGCAUUUAACUAAAUCAGUAAUUGUAUAACCAAAACAAUAGUAUUGUGAAUGUUUUCCAUUUCUCUUAUUAAAGUAACCUUUCAGCUUAGGAAGAAGUUGUGUUUUAUUUCUCAUAAAGAUAUGUAAAUAAUUACACAAAAGUAAAUAUUUUCAAAUAUUUUGAGAAAGAUUUUCAUUACACAUGGAUUUCUUUAAAUGUUUUUGAAUGAACAAUUGGCGAAAACGAGUUUCAAUUUAUUUCAGUCAAGGUAGUAUUCAAGUCUUGUAGAAUCAUUCUAUUAAGAUAUUGGAACAAGACCUUUUUUUAAAUGUUGUUAAAUACUUUAUUUUAUAGUUGUUAAAGUUUUCGGGCUGUAGGUUUCUGAAUGCAGUACAACGAAGAAGCAAAGAAUAUUGUUUCGCAAAAUAAGCCUACCAAUUAGUAGUCAGAGUGCCUAUCCACGUAAAUUGGUUAUAAGAGUGGCUCCAUAAAACAUUUGCAAGUGCAAAAUAGAAUGGUAUACAGAAACCUGCAACAGCUCUGAAAAUAGGACUGAUGUAUUUGAUCUGUAAAUAUAUUUUUUGUGAAUCCAAUUUGGAGGUAAAUUUAUCCAAAUGAAAGACAUUUAGAAGGAAAUUUCAAAUGUUUAAUUGUAAAUGUGAUGGUAAUAUUGGUCCUAAUAUAUUCUACAUUUAGUGCAUUGUCAAAUUUAUUAAACUAUUAUAACAGUAAAACUAAAUGUAACUCCAAAUUAUUUGCAUCCUUUGUAAAAGAAAAGUCAGGGUCAGAACACUUCGUUCUCCUUUGCUAACAAUAUAAGCAUCAACGUCCUUACCAUCACCUAGUGUAGAUAUUUCCUAGUAUUCUUUACCCUUAAUAAAGUGGAGUGAAAUAGUAGUUUUGGACCCUUAAUGGGGACUCGUAUUUUCCUAUUUCCAUC